AUGAGUGCCGCACUCGGCUUUUUUCCGUCACACAAAGCUGCUGCUGUUCGACUCAACAGUGUGGACAGUGAAACCCCGGACUCAGGCUCACCACCGCCAGAAUACCGCCAGAUUUGGACUUCGGCUCCCAGAUAUCCCCCGCCUAGCAUACCUUUACCUACUGCCUGGCCUGAGCCGCCCGCCCGUCCUAGUCCACCUGUCCCCGAAACUCCACACCCAGAACCAGAAACCCGCGUAGAAAUCGUCCCGAAACACUACCUAACCGACAAAAGCAAACCAUCCGACAUCCUCUACAUCGACACCUCACCCAUGUCCCGCUACUUAGCCACAAAACACAGCAACAAGCUCGUCAAAAUCUGGUCCACGCACACCAACGCACUGCACACCACCAUCAAGACAACUUCAUACGUUCAGCCCCGGCCCCGGUCCCGCGAGUACUUUGUCCGCAGCCACGCGAUCCUCUCAGAGCAGAACACCCUCAUCGGCAUCACCACCCAUUUCGGCCUGACCCUCGAGAUAUGGGAUUUCUCCAAACCCGGAACUGGCAACGCCAAAAAGGUCCAGACCAUUGACGAAGCCCAUCGCUGGGCUGCCAGUCCCCGAGAUGCGGUGCACAACAACCACGCUGGUCUAGCUGUGUACCGUCCCAAGUAUGAUCGUAUUGAUUGUUUUUACUUCUCUCGUCAUCCGGGAGCGAAAACACCGUUCUACUCCGACCCAAGCCUCGCGAUCGAACUACUGAAGGCGAACCUGCCGUUUCUGCCCACAUUCCCCGAACUCGCCUACAGUUCCGACCCGGAUAAUCCCAUCCUCGUGGCUGCUGCCGGGCCCAGACCAGGCGACCCUCUCCGAGCGAACGGGACUAUUCUCGUGGCCUGGCAGCUGAAGCCUGUCGCAACAGACAAACUCACACAGUCUCCAACAACCCCUCAUACGCCUUCUUUGCCAUUGCCGUCAACAAACGAGGACCGGCACAAACCAUACCGCGUAUGCGUCCCCGACCAUCCAGCGCUGCGGACCGCGCUGCCGGCGUCUCUAGCCGUUCACGGGCACACAGCUGUAUCGGUUUGGAUUCCGGCGUCGAAGUCAGCCACAGAUGUUAACGACGCAGCAGUACCACCAAGACUUCUGCUACUCUGGGACCUACCGACGAAUACAACGCGGUUGUUUCCUAUACCGGGGGGGAAUGCACAGGUGGCUGUCGCGCCUGAUUGUGGGCGGUUGGUUUAUUAUGAUGCCAGGAAUGAUAAAGAAGGGGAAGUUGUUGUGCUGGAUUUGAAGCUUAAUUUGGGACCGGAUAAUGGACUGGAUCAAGGUGGUGGUGUAAACGGGGGGAAAUCACCAACCGCCCUGGGCUUCUCGGCAGACAGGAAGAUGUUGCUGGUUGGUGAUACGAGUGGGAGUGUGGGGGUGUAUGGAGUGGAGGAUGUAAAACGGGAACUGGGGGUUGGGAAUGAAAUUGCGUGGGUGGAUGUUCUUGAUCAGGAGAUUGGGAGUGUUGGAAGGGCGGCGGGGAAGGUGAGGGUUGGGGGAAUGUGGUAG